AUGAGAGGAUCUCAAAUUCUUAGCUUCCAACAGACUGCUGUGGCCAACUUAAGAAGACCAUGGCAAACAUUUAAGGAUGGUCAAAUUUGGUACGGUCAAAUGAAGUCUGGAUCCAAGAGACAUGCCUUAACAACCAAACAAGGUAAUAAGAACUUCUACAAAGGUACUGGAUCUUCUGGUAUUGGUAAGUUGAACUCUCGUGGUCUUUAUAUUGUUGACUGGAGCAAGGUGCGCACAUACGUUGUUCCACCACCAAACCCAGAAUUGAAGGCUCUUGUUUCUGCAAGCACUCCAGAGAUCUUACAAAAGUUUGUUGGAUACAAGGAUCAGUUCAAAGAUCCAGAAUAUACUUGGGAUAGCAUAGUAAACUUUAUUGAAAACGGUGAAGGUUACAGUGAAAUUAAUUUGGAAGAAACUGAUUAUUUGGAAAAAUUUGUUAAGCCAGGUUUUGAAGAAUCAUCUUAAGGAAAAGAAGAAGGAAGUUUAUUUUUGAUGAGAUGAAAAAUGAAGUAAAUGUAGAGAGGAGAGUGUGUGUGUGAGAGAAGAGAGAAAGUUAGUAUGGAUGAGAUGUGAGGGAAGAAGAUUCUACAUGAACUAAAAUAAAUGAGGGAACAAAAUAAAAUAAAUUCCACAGUUCUAAUUCUAAUGGAUAUCAAAUAAAGAGUUGGCAGCUCAACCUCUUACUAUUACCAUCCAUACAUUUCUUUUCCAUAAUUCUCUCUUAUUAAAUGUUGUUCCAUUUUGAUGGAAGUUAUUUGGUGGGAG